AUGUCCGAUCCAACAAUUCAAACAUUUUGCUGUCAUCAUACAGAAAAUAAGGAAGACUUAGCAAUAAAAAUUAUGAGUGAAUUUAAUACAGAAUCAUAUAAUUCAGUAUGUUUAGUGUCCUCAACUAUUGGAAUACUCGGCUCUAUAUAUCAGAUUUUCCCAAGGCCUCUGCGAAAAAAUCAAACCAGACCACUAAACUGUUCUUCAGUACGAGGAAGAAGAAUUAUAAUUUGGUUGGCAAUUGCAGAUUUAUUAGCUGCUCUUGGUGUUCUGGUAAGGUCUUCACUAUGGCUACAAUACAAAAAUAUUAUGCCCAUGCCUAAUGAUGAUGUGAGUGUAUUAUUUUGCAGCAUCAUUUCUGCUUGGACGCAAUAUUUUUACACUGCUACCUGGUUUUGGACUUUGUUUUAUGCAAUAGACACAUGGCGAUCAAUCAGAGGAUAUGAUUCUCAGCCAGCACUUUAUCAUUCUUUGGCAUGGGGGCUACCAGCUGCAACCACAAGUAUAGGGCUAUCUAUUCUUUAUUUACCAAAUGCAACAUGUCACCAUAUAACAUCUGUUUCAUCAGCUCUACUUAAAAUUUUACCCAAUUAUUGUGCUACAUACUUGCCCAUAGCCAUAGUAAUGGUGGCAAAUCCUAUUAUUUACAUCAUGGCUAGCAGGAAGAUUGAAAUGACUGUAUCUCUUCCUUUGGCUCAGUUUACAAGCAAGGAAAGGCGUGUGGUUGAUACAUUAAGGUUAAAGUUUUUUCUAAUAAAUGCUGUUUUUUACAUCUGUUGGUUACCAAAUCUUAUUAAUGGGAUUUUAGUGUGGACCAUGUGGUUUAAUAUGCCUGUUACAGUUAUUAUUGUUAUAUGGUAUAUUAUGGCCCUCUUGAAUCCAAUGCAAGCUUUGUUGAAUGCUAUGGUGUAUCGAAAGUGGAAUACCAGUGAAAGACGUUUUAAGCCGUCUGUGCCAAGCUUCCAAAAAUUUUUCCAAAGCAAUGAAGAACAAUCACCUCUCCUAGGUUCAGAGCCUCCGCGUUUGCCACUCUCUCCUAUUCCAGCAAUUAAUAAUUAUGCUACUUUGUAA